AUGCAAUCCCAGGCUCUGCUGCCCAUCCUGCUUCUCUGUGUUCUGCUGCUGCAGAUCCAGGGAGGGCCCCAUAUCAAGAAGAAGCCGACCAUGCAGCUGUCCCCAGAAAUCAAGCCGUGUGAGAAGAGACCCAAAGUAUACCUGUGCAGGCACCCCUGCACACAUCAUCAAGAGUGUCAAGCAAAUAACAUAUGCUGUUCGACCUUCUGCGGGAACGUGUGCAUGAGCCUCCUGUGA